CGCCCCGCCCCGCCCCUGCCCGGGAGCGGCCGGGCUCGGAGCCGCCGGAAGUGCGCGCGCUGGGCGCUCCCCGCCGCCUCCCCGCUCCCGGGCCGGCGCUGGCUGCGGCCCCCAAGAUGGCGGCGAAGACGCAGGGCGGCAUCCGCCUCAGCGCGCUUUGUCCAAAGUUCUUGCAUACCAACUCCACCAGUCACACCUGGCCUUUCAGUGCAGUUGCGGAACUUAUAGAUAAUGCUUAUGAUCCAGAUGUGAGCGCUAAGCAGAUAUGGAUAGACAAAACAGUGAUAAAUGACAAUAUAUGCUUGACAUUCACUGAUAAUGGAAAUGGUAUGAACACAGAGAAGCUGCACAAAAUGCUAAGCUUUGGCUUCAGUGAGAAAUCUGUUAUGAAUGGCCGUGUUCCAGUGGGACUGUAUGGAAAUGGGUUUAAAUCGGGGUCCAUGCGCCUGGGAAAAGAUGCGAUAGUCUUCACCAAGAAUGGGGAAACCAUGAGUGUUGGCCUGUUAUCUCAGACCUUCCUUGAGGUCACAAAAGCAGAGCAUGUCAUGGUUCCUAUAGUGACAUUCAACAACCAACGACAGAUAAGUGAUCCAACAGAAUCCAAAAACAGCCUGAAGGCCAUCUUAUCACAUUCUUUAUUUCCUACUGAGGAGAAAUUACUGGCAGAGCUAGAUGCUAUCAUGGGGAAGAAGGGAACAAGAAUUAUAAUUUGGAAUCUUAGAAGAGAUAAAAAUGAAAAAACGGAGUUUGACUUUGACAAGGAUAAAUAUGACAUCAGAAUUCCAGAAGACUUAGAUGAAACAGGGAAAAGAGGAUAUAAAAAACAAGAGAGGCUAGAUCAGAUUGUUCCAGAAAGUGACUACUCACUACGAGCUUACUGCAGUAUUUUGUAUCUGAAGCCAAGAAUGCAGAUCAUUCUGCGAGGACAAAAAGUAAAAACACAGCUGGUUUCCAAAAGCCUUGCUUUCAUUGAACGUGAUAUAUAUAGGCCAAAAUUUUUGAAUGCUAAAACUGUAAGAAUUACGUUUGGAUUUAACUGCAGAAACAAAGAUCAUUAUGGAAUCAUGAUGUACCAUAAAAACAGACUCAUCAAAGCUUAUGAAAGAGUUGGCUGUCAGCUAAAGGCAAAUAACAUGGGUGUUGGUGUAGUUGGAAUUAUUGAGUGCAACUUCCUAAAACCAACUCAUAACAAACAAGAUUUUGAUUACACAAAUGAAUACAGACUCACAAUAGCGGCUCUCGGAGAAAAGCUUAAUGAUUACUGGAAUGAAAUGAAAGCAAAGAAAAAUGAAGAAUAUCCGUUAGCUUUGCCAGUUGAGGAGAUCCAAAAGCAGCCUGAUCAGACGUGGGUACAAUGUGAUGCAUGUCUGAAGUGGCGGAAGCUUCCAGAUGGAAUAGAGCACUUGCCAGAAAAGUGGUACUGCUCGCUGAACCCUGAUCCACAAUUCCGGGAUUGUAAUGUGCCAGAAGAACCAGAAGAUGAUGACUUAAUACAUCCCACGUAUGAGAAAACUUAUAAGAAAAAAGACAGGGAAAAAAUGAAGAGACGGCUGGACUACGGUCACCAGAUCAAUAAUGAAAUGUUUUUAAAAACACCUGUUUCCUCAAGUAAAGACUUUAAAACGUUCUCAGCUGUGAGUGGAAAGGAAGCUGUUCCAAGAGCACUUUUACCAGAAACAUCAAAUGCUUCUGUCAGAAGACCUCUGCUUGUUUCAAACAGAUCAAUAUCUUCACCUCAUUCUGAUUCUGACAACAGUCUGAAACGGAAGACACCUGGCUGUGUCACACCUGUGUCUUUAAAAACACCUAGAUUAAAUGAGAGAAUAUUCAACAACCAUGAUGAUGACGAUGAUGUCAUUAUUUUAGAGGAGAGCAGCACUCCAAAGCCUUCAGCAGAUUCUGAUGUUCCAGUGGUAAAAACUGAAUGUAUUAAUGUGGACCAGGAUGAGAAGCAGAUAGAAAACUGUGAUGUCGGAGAACCUUGCAGCGCGACUGCUUCAGAUUCAAAAAGUGAACAGUUGACCUCUGCAACACAGACGGAUGUCCCAAAUUUAGUGGUUAAAAAGGAAGAGAUGGAAGAUGAGACUGAAAUUCCAAUUCCCAGUGUAGAAGUGGAAAUUAAGCAGCACAAUGUAGAUUCUGAGACAUCUGCAGAUCUUGGAAAUGAACUGAGAAAUCAGCUGCAAUUAGUAAACAAAGAAAAAGAAAUGUACCAAAACAAAUGUGAGGUAUUAACCAAGCAAGUAGAAACACUGGAACAGAGGAUACUAGAAAUGAAUAAUAAGUAUGUGAAAAAAGAAAUGUGCCAUCAGUCAACUGAGACAAUUUCUUCGUUUGCAGAAGAAAAUGUUCAUGAAAAAAGUUUGGCAGAAGUAAGCGUGCUAUAUGAACAGGCCUUAGAAGAAAUAGCAAAACUAAAAGAACAAUGCAGUACUCUGCAGAACUUAAAGACUGAAUGCAGCAAGUGUGCUGAUGGUGAAAGUAAGAGUGAGGUCGACGAAAUUGCUGUACAGCUAGACGACGUUUUCAGGCAACUGGACAAAUGCAGCAUUGAGAGAGACAGUUACAAAAGUGAGAUUGAAAUGCUACAAGUGGAAAAAAAUAAAAUUGCCUGUCAAUGUGAAGAACUCAAAGCAGAAAUCGCACAGUUAAAAGCUUCAAUUCCGCAAGCGGUAGCACGAGCAAAUGAUUCUACAACCAGUAAUGUAGAAGAGACUGUAAAUUUUUCUGACGGAGAAAGCCUGAAACUACGCUCCCUUCGAGUGAAUGUUGGACAACUUUUGGCUACAAUCAUGCCUGAUCUAGACUUGCAGCAAGUAAAUUAUGAUAUUGAUGUGGUAGAUGAAAUUUUAGGACAAGUUGUAGAACAAAUGCAUGAAAUCAGUAGUACUUAGUAUCUUAAGAUUUUAGCAGUCUCUUAUUUGUUCUUCCAUUAUAACCUUUGUAUAGGCUCAAAAGUGUAAAUACUGCUUCUUCACUUUAUAUAUUUGACAUAGUUUGAUCGAUAAGUGUAUAUACUCUAUGCAUUUAGAUGUUCCCACAGAUACAGUGGGGGUUAUCUUAACUUCCUCUUAAAGGAACACUGUCAAUAUUGACCAACCCCAAUGUACUUAAUUAAGGAUUUUGCUUUUAAAAUGUAUUUGUAAUUAAAUUUGCAAAUAUUUUUAUGAUUAGGAAUCUUAAUACUUUUCUACAAAAGUUUUGGUUGACUUUUGGUCUUAUAUAAGCAUUGAUACUUGCAAUUUUUUCCUCUUCUGAAAUUGAAGCAGUGGAAUAUAUUAAAAAUGCAAAAAGAGCCUUCCUUGGUUUCCUUCUCAGAACAAACCUCGGUGAUGUUAUUGUAAACUACAGUAUUUUCAUUACUAUCAAAAACGUUGUAUGUUGCAUUAAUGUUCUAGAAAUGUGACUAAUAGAUAACAUUUUUGCCCAUAUUGGCAAUAUUUGUGUUUUUACUACCAAAAGAGGAAAAAAUUCCUUAAGGGUCUCAUCCUGAAAGUGGGUGAUCUUUGACUCCCUUUUGGAUUUUUUGGUGCCACUUAGGAACAUUGUGUACAUAAUCUUGCAGCAUAAACAAAGCCAUGGGAUAUUUCAGCCUUUUAAGUCUUGGAGACCACGUACUUGUGUGUGUCCUGCCCUUGCUACUUGAUUGUUGUUUCCUAGGGUUUGUUUCUGUGUUUGAGUGCAGUGGGAAGGAUGUUUGGUUCUAGCGUUUGUAGUUCCUAUCUGAACAUCUGUAGGUCCCAUCUGAAUGCAACAGUGCUGGUUCCCAAGUCUAGUACGUACCAGUACAUGGGUUCAAGUGGUUGGUUUUCAACAUGCAGCUCUUGCCCACUUCUUUCCAAGUCAGAGGCAUCCGACGGAAUGGGAAUGAUUCUGGUGGCCUACUGGAGAGAAUGUAUCAAAAGCUAGGGUUGGACUCCCAGAGGACCUCAGCUGUAGCAUCAGCUCUUGAGACUUUAAGGCGUUUUUUCGGGGCAGCCCAGUGCUGAAACGGAAUGACAAAGAGGUUCUGUGAUGUAUACAAAUGCUUGUAUAUGUUAUCUUGGGGGGUGGGGGCAAGUUUCUCUAGCAUUAAACACGUAUUCUGCCCUGGAGUCUUUCAGGCUGGCAUGUGAGGGUGCUGAGACUCAUUUCCAGAACUUACUUUCUUUCUAUCAAUGUGCCAUGCUGUGUAUAAAUGGGUCAGACUACUGAAUCCUUGAUCAUCUGGUUGAAAUAGAAAUACUUCGAAAAGGAGGCAUGUCUUAUCUGUGGUGUGUAACUACACAGUAAGCUAAAGCUGAAAGUGUUCAAAUACAAUUUUUUUAUACCCUCUUGAAGUUUAGACAUCCUUUAGAGUUGCUCUUUUUUUUUUUCCUUUAACCUCCUUAAAUGUUUCACAGCAACUAUUAAGCCACUAGUACUAUGCUCUAAUGCUCACGCAAACUUCCUGGAGGAAAUGGUGCUGAGACAAAACGUUAUUACAGUGGUGACAGUAUUCUCGGCCUGUUGCAUGCUUUUCCUUUCAAGUUGUCAUGAAUGAGAAGAGGUGGCAAAGACAGCGCAUCUACCUUCUACGUCUGGUAUUACUCCAAAAAGUGAUCAAGAAAAAUGGUUCUUGCUUUAAAAAAAAAUAAAAAUCAUGAAACUGCAUCCAGUGUUUUCAUACCUAGGAGUUCUACUUUUUGUCAAGCCAGUGAUUUUGGCUUUUGCACUGCUAACUGUCCUGAAUAAAAGGCAGAUGAUCCAAUUAAGUUGUAGCUCAGUUUCUCGCAAUGGGUAGCAUUUCAAUUUAAAGAGGCUAUCUGUUUUCAAAUGCCAAUAAGGAUCACGCGAUUCUGUUGUACUUUGUAAUGGCUAAAUUGAAUGUUUGAUUUUUGAAGAGGUGGCUGUAAUAUAACUUUGUAUGACUUUUAAAAAGUUUAUAUUUCCCAUUUAUUGGUGUGUAGUUUUCCAUUUAUUUAUUACGUUUCAUCAGCUCCCGUAGUUGAGUUUAUUGUAGGUGACUGUCAAAAUAUAGCAUAUGUCUAUAUUAAAAAUUGAAAAUUUACAAUGUACAUUUACACUUUGAUGAACAGUGGACUAAUGGAAAUGGUUUUUAUUUACCUGUUAAAAUGUAUUUUUUGUAAAAAA